UGUUUUCUCGCCCUUAUCAGAAAGUAUGGAUGCGAGACUUGAAGUCAGUGGAUGAUAAGGAAGAAUUCGAAGAAAGAUGAGACCUUGACACUCCCGAGUGCUACGAUGUGAACAACGAAAAGGGGGGGAUGGCUUUGACACUGGACCCAAGGAAACUGGAGGGGGUGUCCAGUAACCAUGCAAGCCACUCCAACAGGAUACACCCGGCAGUGGAAGAGGAAGAAGGGAAUGGGUCCCUAGGACGACGGGUUCUCUACGACCCCAUCCAGAAAGUAGCAACCGUCGUUAACUCCGCUCUGGAUGAAGUUGCGCACACAAUCAACCAAAGCUUCGAACCGGUGAAACAAAAAGGCGAAGAAGCGAUCAGUUACGCGGAGAAAUUCCUGAAUUCGACCAACUAUGAGGUGACGUUCACGAAGACAGACUUCUUCUGGACGUGCAUUUCGAUUGCAUCCUUUCUUUUUGACAUGGGAUCCGACAUUUCCACUGCCUGCUUUCUUUAUUGGGAUCACGACACGAAGUGGUGGUUCAGUCUCACCGUCGCCUUCAUCGUAGUCCCAAACGUCUUCAUCAACUGCUUCUCACUCUACUGGUUUUGGAAUGACAGCCAAGGGGAUCCCGAAGUCUCGACAGCACGCAAUUUCAACAUUAAAAAACGCGUUUUCUCGAAGACAUACUGGAUUUUGAGAGUCUGUUUACACUGUAUCUUCUUCGGACCAGUUGUUAGGUACAUAGACAUCCUGUAUUAUGGGGCAAAGUGGCAAACCCAGAGCAAGUCCCAAACCCACAACAACCCAAUACAUGGGCCCUACUGCGAAGACAAACACAAAAAGAACAAAGAUGUUGACUACAGUUAUCUGCUCGUGAAGGAACAGAGAGAUUCGGCGAUGCUGGAUUUCAUUCACAGCAUGAUCCAGGAUGCCCCGCAACUCAUUCUCCAAGUGUACAUCCUGGCCUAUCGUCCCACGUUGCAGGUCAAGCCAGCUAACCCAACUCCUCGCAUCAGCGACAUUCAUGUCUCCACAGCUCUGGUGCAAGCCAUAUCAGCAGUUUUCUCCCUGAUCUCAAUGUCAUGGAGUGUGACAUCAUACAUAGCAGCUCUUCGUGUGUAUUGCACUGACAAGCCCAAUAUGAGCAUGGGAGCCAUGAUACUCAUGUUCCUGUGGAGAACGUUCACAAUAGCUGCCAGAAUCAUCGUGUUUGCAUUGUUUGCCACAGUCCACAGUGCAAUUCUGCUGUAUGCAGCACUUGGCCACUGGGUUCUUAUGGUUUUUUGGAUCUUCCUCCAGAAAACGCAGUUCUGUAAUGAACAUAGUGAGAGGUCUAUAAAAGAGUUCCUCUACAACAUGGUGGUGGGUGGGAUUUACAUCUUCACUUUUCUGAAUGUGAAAGAAACUCCAUCAAGGUACAAGAUGACCCUGUAUUAUAUGAUCCAGCUGGCUGAGGAUGUAGCCCUGGGUGUGUUGUGGUUCAUAGAUAAGGAAACCCAGGCAUUGACGCUAUGGUACCACAUUCCAGCCCUCCCAGCCAUUUAUGGAUCUUUCUUUCUUGGUAUCUUUUUCAUGUGCUUAUAUUAUAAAUUUGCCCACCCAACCAAAGGGAGAGAUGUCUUAAACUCUGAAGAGUCUAAGGCAUCUUUCCUGAACUGAACUUCUGCCAUCGGCAAUCAUUUUUCCUCUUUCCAGUGCAAACAUUUUGAAAGAAAUAUUGUGAAUUAUAAAUUAUAAGGCUGUACUGAUGCAUGGGCAACCGAUGGAUCAGCUAUUGAUAUGACAUCAUCUGCACCAUCAGUCAAAGUUUUCAUUUUACACUUUCCUGAUGCUAAUAUCCACCCAUAUCCCCCCCCCCCCCCCCAAAAAAAAUAGUAACACAUGCAUGUGAAGAUAUGACCCACCACCAAACUCCCUUGUCUCUUUUCUAGGAAGAGAAACAAAUGAAAUACGUCUCUUAUAUGUACAAAUUGAGAUAGAACAAAGCAUGAUAAACUCUCUCUCUACUACUGAAGACUGGAGACCGUCAUCCUUGCAACUAAAGUCUAUCAUUGCAAAUGCUAAUGCAGACAUCAGCACUGAAUUUAACACCAGCAUCAGGCAUGCCAUUGUUCAUAUAUUUUCCCAGAAUACUUAGGGCUUGGAUGGAGGAUUUAUUCCUUCUAAAGAUAACAAGAUUCUUACCUCCCUUCAGUGAAAAAAUCAUACAUUUACAAUCAAGUGAUUCAGCCAUUCUUUGUUUCAGGGCUGUUUCAGGGCAUCCCAUCACAAGUUUCUUUUCCAAUAAAACUCACAUGUGCUCCCA